AUGGCCAAAGCUCUUAUUACUUCGAUAUUAGAAGCCCAACUUGGCAAAUAUAUCGAUGGAUUACGUAGCGACUCGUUGGUUGUGGGACUUUGGAGUGGGGAGUUAGAACUGCGAGAUUUAAUAUUAAAACCGCAUGCUUUCGCUGAAUUUCAACUUCCGGUGGCAAUAGCCAGUGGCUCGGUGGCACGUGUACGAGUUCAUGUACCCUGGAAUCAACUUGGAAGUGCUAGUGUGACCAUCACUCUUGAAGGCGUGACGGUUCUGGUCGUACCUAAUACAGAACAUCCAAGUCCAGUGGAAGUAUUUCAAGUGAAAAAAAAUCAAUUGGAGAGACGAGAAUUAAUACGACAACAUUGUCGCUUUGCUGCACGAGUGGAACACAAACAAGAAAACACGACACACAAAAUUGAAACGGAAAGUACGUUUGUGUCGAGACUGACGGCUCGAAUUGUGGAUAAUUUACAAGUGACAUUAUUGGAUGUUCAUGUGAGAUAUGAAGAUGUCCUGGCAAAUCCAGAGACACCAUUUGCAUGUGGAUUUAUGCUGGAAAAAUUUCGAUUUUUAACGACGGAUGGCGAAGGAAGAGAAGUUUUUGUUGAUCAGAGUUUAUGGUGUGAUUUGUUUACGUAUAAAAAAGCAGAACUUGCACAAUUUGGAAUGUAUUGGGAUCGAUUGGAUGCUCACGAGAAGAGUGCGAGACUCGAGACGUGCGAAAAUGUUCCAAAAGUUAUGCGAGAAAUGGUACAAGCGAUGAGUAAAACAAUGGAAGACUGGCAGAUUGACAAGAAUCGACGGUGGGUGCUACGUCCUUGCUCAAUCAUUGCACAGUUGACGAAGAAUGAGAGUACGGAUUACUCGGCAGUUGCCAAGUACACAAUAGAAGCUGAAGUUGGGGCCCUGGAAGGAAGCUUGACGCGCGAACAGUAUGAAGAUGUGCUGUUUUUACAGCGCGCAUUCUUAGGUCGACGCGCGGUAGAAGCCCAUUAUGCACUGGCAAGAGGACGACCAUUGCACACACCUGGAGAACGCCCUCGAGAGUGGUGGGACUAUGCUACUGCUUUAGUGCUUGAGCAACGCAGGGCAAAGUGUCGAGCUAACGCGAAGGGCGACGACAAUACAGAUGAUGUUACACACCACCGGCAUCAUCGAUGGCCUCAUUACCGCAAAAUACGGUGGUCUUCCGUGCAUAAAGCAUUGCUUGAACAGCAACUGUACGUGGAGGCAUUCCGUACGGUACUACGCAAUAAUGCCCCGUUGGAUCUGUCAACUAGAGAAGGCAAGUUCAAACAACGCUAUGAAGAAAUUUACCCGCUGGAUGUAAUUGUGCUAUUACGCGACGUCGCAGACGAUGCCGAGGAGCGUGCACAAGAAGAAGAGAAGGCUUCUGCGCAAGCACGGUUAAAGGCCCAGGAUGCACAAGACAGUGGUAGCUCGUGGUAUUCGUACUUUUUCGGUGGUCAUACUGGCGAUACUGUUGGACAGGAUGAAGAAAAUGAGGGGCAGGUACUGUCAGCUGAAGGCCGCGAGAAUUUACGUGAAGCUUACAAUGAUGCCAUGGAAAAGGAUAGUAGUGCGCAUGAGGUGCCACUGGGGUGCAACCUUAUGUCUGUCCAGAUCCAGCUUUCGAAUGGCUCUAUGUCGCUUUAUCAGUCAAACGCUCACAAGAGUCCGUUCGUUACUAGCACGCUCCAUGGCUCACUAGCUAUGAACAUUCAGCCAGAAAAUGAGUGGGAUGCCAAAGUCCGUGUUCAGCACUUUGACAUUCAAAAUGGAUUGGCGCGCGAUUCUCGAUUCCGCUCAUUCUGUAGUCCGUCGUCCUUGCAAUCGCCUAACGACGACCUGAGUACAGCCUGUGUCAGUGUCGAUAUUAGUCGACGUGCAAUGGUACAAAACCGGGUACCGAGUGAUGAUGACGUUGGAGCCACGCUGAAAGUACGCGUAACCUCAGCGCCUAUUCGUGUGAUGGUUGAUCCAUCAUUCGUAAAGUUCCUGCAUGCAUUUUUCGUCAGCCUACUACCAGAGAGUCAGCUUGAAAAAGUUUGGCAGUUUGCGACGUCCUCAGUAGCCGACUGGAUGUUCGCUGAUGAUCCUACAGAUGAUACGAAGCUCUUGGGGUCAUCAGAGCUUAGCGCACAAAAGGAAGCUGAAGAAGCUGAGCUAAUGCGCUCACUAGAAACAGCAGAAGGCCGUGUUGAGUACGACGUUUUGGUAAGCAUAAAUGCUCCUGUGCUUAUACUACCGGAAGACAUAGCCGAUACGACUGGUGCCGUACUUGUUGUUGAUCUUGGUAUGCUGAGCUUUCGCAACGAAGAAAAGAUGAUGGCUACCAAUACGUCUUUCAAUGUGGAUCGUGGUGCUACAGAUGUCGAUUCGCGUCACUUGUACUGGCGGCUUGAGAUGACCAAGAUCCACGUAUUACUUGGCCGCCAGGAGCGUUUGACCGAAUGGACCGACGCAGAGCUGCGGAGCUUCUCCAAAAUAGUGGAGGAGCUAUCGAUUGAAUUCUCAUUGCACACACAGUCAUCAUCUUCACGUCUCAGGCUUCCCUCGCGGAGUAGGAAGUAUAGCGUUUCAGCCAAGCCACUGCCGCAAGUGGGCAUCUACGCUGCCAUCCCUACAAUAUUUGUAUCGCUAACUGAGAAUCAACUUGUGGCAUUGGGGCAGAUUUAUUCAUCCCUCGUGCGGGCGAGCGCUACUACCAGGGACAGUGGUCGACGUUUGUUAUACUUUGAUGAGCAUGAGCUUGGCAGUGGUGAGGAAGGUGCGACUGAGUCAGACAGUGCAUGCGACAGGAGCGCAGAUAAUGUGACUGCUGUUGUCGUUUUGGCGGAUGAGAAGUAUCUUCUUGAGAUGCAACUUUCGCUUACAUGUGUGGAGCUCAACCUGCGCGAGUCAACUGCUAAGGACGCAUUUGUCUUGCGUGCGUCACAUACUUCUUUCGCUGUUGAGACGUACUCGGCUCACCAGCUAUUCCAUGCACGACUCAAGGCACUCGUAAUGGAAGACAAGCUCUACUCGCCUGAUUCGCGAUACUAUAAAUUGAUCUCCACAGGCGAAAACGAAAGCGAGACUCCUUACCUAAUUGCUGUUGAUGUUGUGACAUACUCAUCGGGGUCUGUGGAACAAAGAGAGCAGAAAAAUAGGAGAGAAAGACCUUCACAGUUGGAGGCUGAUGUGCAGUUCAAUGUGCUGCAUGUGCAGUGGAAUCCGUCGUCUGUGGCUCUGUUUUAUCGCAUUCUUUCUGCCUGUGCAUCUGCAGUGCAGGCGCAUGAUAAUGGCAUUUACUCUGAAGAUUCUACGUUGGCGAUAGAGAGACCGACACCAUCGUCUCACGAGCAAGACCAGUUAGAACCUACUUAUCAAAUGCAACGAGGCGACAAGGAGGAGAGAAGCGCCUUAUUAUCCAGCUUGCGAUCUCGAGGACAGCCUCUUGUUGUGGUGCGCGCAUCGCUAGUUCAGUUCACUUUGACAUUUAACAAAGAUCAGCUCAAUCGGCAGCUGGCACGUCUUGAGAUGAGCAAUGCGGAUGUUUGUUUCACGAGUUAUGCUGUGGACGGUCGAACUUUCUCUGACGACGACGCUUUCGAGGUAACAGGCCACGUGGGAAAUUUUGUGGGCACGGAUUUGAGCACAUCGAAGCAUCCUUUGUAUUCGACGUUACUUGGUUUGGAUGAAGCUGAAGCUCGACGCCGUUGCGAUUUAGGAAAAGAGCUAGAAGCACUGCUGACUUUUGAGUUUGCAAGCGAUCCGGUGACAAGUGACAAGAGCUCUUUGCGGUUGGCGUUUCAACCGAUUCGCGGUGUAUACUAUCACCAGCAAGUCUUAGAGCUUGUGGAUUUCGUUUUCGAGGGAGUUCUUGGUACUAUGGUAAGCCAGACGCUGGAGAGCGCCACGCAAUUAUUACUCCGCGAAGAUGAGGCUAAAGUUGUGCUGGAUCUGAGCGUUGAAAAACCUACUGUGAUACUUCCGUUGAGCUUACAAGAUGCUCCUCAUGCUAAAGUAACUGCAGAUGUGCUACGGCUAGUUCAUUUUCCGUCUAGCGCAGUGCACUACGAUGGCCUCCCCGGAGCGAGAAUCAAGCGCGUUGAACAUGAUGAAGCACUGGAACGACCAAUGAUUCGCAGGUCUGUCGACAAGAGUAAUGGUAUUUCGUUGCGAGUAGACUGUAAAGAUCUCUUUCUCGAGCAAGUCCAUAUUUUUUGCACAGCAACGAAGGCAGAGAAAAGGACGAACGGUACCGACGAAGAUCCAGUAUAUGAAGACUUACUUGCCAAGCCUGCUGAUCUAAAGAUCAGCAUUGAAGAUCUCGUUUCAUCAACUAUUUCGUUAGGUGACGACGAAGCGGCAGACGACAGCGAAAGAAGAACAUUUUAUCUCCCGCGAAUUACGGUGCAGUCAGUUUUGCCUCCGCUGGAAGUGCACUUAUCGCGUACUAGCUACCUAGGUACACUCGCCCUGAUUUUUGAAAAUUUUGGUGCUGACGAACUAGAGAUGGUUCCUACCACAACAGAUGAGAUUGAGCCAACAACCAGCGCUGUUCGAUAUUUUGGCAGGAGACGCAGUAGUACUGGUGGAGGGAGAGUGUCAUCAUUACGCCCUACUGUGACGUAUACGUACCUUGAACCGGAUGCAGGUGAAGCAACACUUCAGAUGGAAUUUGCAAUGCAGAAUGUCCGAAUCUUGUUGCUUCCAGAUAAGAAAGUGGAGCCACUGGCGAUGCAGGAUAUGACGCCGGAUUUAUUUGUGCAACAAACCUUUAUAGAUAGCGCCAAAUCUUCGCACAACGAAGCUUUCGCCGAGAUCAUUGCUACCGAUUUUUCGCUGGUGCUCAGUAGGGAAUUUAGUGAAAAUCCACGAUUAGCGAUACGUCUUGGAGCUUUCAAGGCUCGGGAUCUUGUGGGAAAGUAUAAACCCUCAGUGAAUGGCACUGAAAGCGGGACGCUACUGAUUUCACCUCAACCUCUGGAGAUACGCUAUACAUGGGACGAUGUUGCGUUGAAGGGUGAAAUGGACUUGUCCUUAUCCGAAGUCACGGGCACUAUUAUUCCGGAGGCUCUGUUUGCACUUUAUGGCUUCUUCGCACUACCAUCGAAGCCAGGUCGAGCUGAAAUUACGAGACGUAAGGGUUUCACUGAAGAAACAAACGAAUUGACGUGGUCUUCACAUCCGCCAUCGCCAUCUCUGUUUACGCGACGUGAGAGUAUCUCGGACAUUCUACGCGAAGGAAGAAAACCAGAAUUGACGCUCAUAAUUCGUGCGACAGCUAGGCAAGUGGGUGUUGCUCUACCACGUGAUGCUUAUGAUUCAGAGAGUCCUCGAGUAGCCUUUGCUGGCGAUUUCACGCUCGAAUACACGUGGAAACCACAUCCGGACUUAAAGAAAGAGAAGAGUGAAGGCGACUUGAAUAUUCAGAGCAGUAUCCUUGCUGAAGCACGAAAUAUGGAAAUAGUGCUCGAAAAUGCUAGGCGGCCGGGUUGUUGCGUAGCAUCAUUAUCUUCGAAAGCCCAGCGAGAUGCCAUCGAUGUUGCAUCAUUGAUACAGUUGCUCGAACCGUGCGAUAUGCACGUUGAAAUAAGCGAUCUGUUUCCUCAGGAUGGCCAGCGACAGCAGAUUGUGGUGCUGAGCUUCACUCCUAUCGAAGUGUUUGCAUCGUACGACGACGCGCGUAUGGCAGUAUCCACAAUGGAGCAUCUAAAUGAAGCAAUCGCACAACACGAGGAGCGUCGUCGUGCCUCAAAGAAAAAGUUCAGGCAUUUAUCGCGUGAUGGCAAUCGGACCUUGCGUCCGCUGCCAAGAUCACGUACGUCCUCAAGGAACACGGAAGGGGAUACUGCAACGGAGGAGGAAGAAAUUCAUCGAUACUUUACUUGCGAGCUGCCGUCAGUGUGUCUGACCCUGAUUAAUGACUGCGAUGGAUGUGACAUGGGGCUUGCGCAGUUGCAGAUCGAGCGUUGCCAUGUCUUUUUGAAUGUCACACAUACCACACAAACGGGGAAGCUCAGUGAUAUAUCUGCUUCCUUCUUCGAGUCGAAUUCGUCUGUAUUACCAGUGACAAACACAAUAUCUGGUGGAGGACGUUUGGUAAUGCUCAUUUCAUAUUAUAAUCCAGAAACUCGCGACUGGCAUCCCAUGUGCACGGAGUGGGCACUCGACACAUCGAUACAGGGAUCCAUCUCGAGCGAAAGUGAGUUGCACGUCAUUCUGACGGCAUCACAAUCACUAGACCUCACUAUUACGCACGGGUUGUUAGAGGUCAUGGCAUCUGUCGGUGGCGCGUGGAAGCGUCGUGCAGCUUUACACGCGGCAAAUGAACUUGCUGAAGACAGUGAAGACGAAGAAAAUAAGCGACGUGAAAGGGCUCCUUGUGUUAUCCGCAACGAGACUGGGCUACCGUUGAAAUUCUGGCUUACAAAUGGGUCUUUCACAGCGGCCCCUCAAGUCUUAUCCACAGGGAGUUUGGCUGAUGUUCGUUAUGUUCAUGCCCGAGGUCGAGGGCGUGGCGUAAUUCGACGUUAUGCUUCUGGAGACCGAGACGCAGCAAACCUGCGCCUUAGUCUGCAAUUGAUGGAUUCAAGAAAUACAGGUGAUGGUGCCGCUCGAUUCCAAUCCAUCCAAGGACUCAUUUUUGAGCAGCUAGGCGCUCGCACAUUUCCUUUGGUGGACACGCACGGACAGCGAACAAGUUUUACACUAUGUUUGUCGGCUCACCUUAUCGAAGGUCGUAUCUUGCUGGUCGUUUCGUCACCUAUUAAGCUAGUUAACCGACUAGCGUCUCGCCGUUCUGUUGCGCUCCUCGUAAACGAUCCGACAUGGCACACACCAGUUGAGAUUGGGAUUCUGCGCCCAAAUCAAGACUCUGCUAUACCUGUGCUACUUUCCCUGGCGUCGGAGCUGCGGUUGCGGCCUGUGAAGAAUGAGACCAAGUAUUCUUGGAGUGCUCCUAUCCCAGUACAGACACGAUCUGCAGUAGAGCAGAAGGUGGAGGCAGCAGUCUCCUCACGUGAGAGUGUGGGCAACGACGGUAAUGCUCGAAAUGCAGUGUACUGUGUUUCGAUGUCGAGCGAGAAGGAGAUGCGCGUGGUGUCCGUUGCUGAGCCGCUUGUGCUUGUCAACAAGUUGCCGGUGCCACUAACAUACCGCGUGCGGUCGGCCUUAAGCUCUGCUUACGGUUUAGGGACAAGUGAUAGUCCAUCACAGCCGGAAAGAAUUGCUGUAGGAGCCAAGUCCAGUAUCUGGUGGACCGACAUUGCUCAGCGACCUCUGUUCCAGUUGCUCGUAGAAGGCUGCACAUCACAAUCCAAGUGGUUAGCGCUGGCUCCUCGUGGUACAGCUAGUGGCGCCGUAUUGUCUGUACAGCUUUCUCGCGUGGACGAUGGACGUCCCUUUCGACUUCUUCUACGUGUGGUGGGAGGCACCAAUUAUGCAGCUCGACCUGUGCGUGUGGAAAUUCUAGCCGACGUAUGGACCAUCAAUCGUUCAGGUUUAGAGUUGGUUUAUGGCACAGCCGUAGACAGCGAAGCCUACAUACCACCUCGCGAGGCGCGUGUUCAGGUGGGAAGUGCCCAAAUCAGUGCAUACUCAAGCGAUAGUAGCGGGAAGGUGCCCGUGCUUCGUAUUGGAUUGCGUGGAUGCAGUUGGUCGGCUCGAUUCGAAGCAGACCCCAAACGACUCAGCUGGCAAGACGAAUGCAUUACGCUCCGCUCAGCUGGAAGCAGUGGUGGCGUACUGUAUGAGUUGGGCGUAUCAGCAGACUACGCGACCCGGCAUUUUGGCUCGGUUACGACACUUGUGAGUGUUAUACCUCGUUAUCUGAUCUUCAACCGAGCGUCGCACACGCUAUUACUGUUAGAGACGUCGAAUCGCUGGAACCAGCGGCUAGAAGAUACCAGCAGUGGCAGUAACAACGUUGCGCACCAUGUACUAGGUGUAGGAGACAUGUAUGCGCUCUACUGGGUGAAAGGAACUCGAGUUCCGCUGCAAGCAUCGGUGCUACUGGAUCACGACGCCUCAGACACAUUUGCGUGUAAUGAAGGUUAUGACUGGAGUGCAACCUUUGCUGUUGAUCGCGUGGGUAUAACAGACUUGUUGGUGCCACCACGCUCAAGUGGACGUGGCGUCCACUUGAAGGUAGUUGUGAAGCGAGGUAGCUUAUCUCAAGCGACGUUCGUGGUGAUAGUGACAGACAGAGGCGCUGAAUCUCCGACUUCGACGUCAUUACGGCUGUCAACGGCUGGCUCGAUAGUGUCUUCAUCUGCAAAGAAGACAGUGACAGGCACAGGAACUGCUGGAUGGCAAACCUUCAGUCUUCACGCUCAAUUGGCCGGCGUGAUUGUCACGGUAAAUGACAAGAAGUCUAGUGAGAUGGUCGAGGAGCCUCUGAAUUUGUUUUCCGACAAUUUUGAGGGUAUCAAUGAGCCGGUCGCCCGUACAACGUUUACACAUAUUGGCAUGGAAGCAUCUUGGUCGCCGCAAGCUACUGCUGCAAAACUAAAUCUCAUGGGACUCAAAGUCGAAGACCUUCUUCCACGAUCGAAAAAUCGUGUCGUACUGAGACCACUUUUACGAGGAGAUGGUGUUUCCGGUUCUCUGACAGGCAAUACGGACACUCAUUUUCUUGAGUUGAGUUAUCUUGAGCGACCCCACGAAAAGUACACAUGGGUGGAACGAGUACACGUGAAGCUACAGAAUAUGAAGGUAUCGACAUCAAUGCGCUUUGUCGAUCGGCUCAACAAGUUGCAACGAGAAACAAGUGCACAUUUUCGACACAAGUCGCUGAUUUCUACUUUUCCAAGUGAAGAGGACAGUAAUGACGAGGAGGAUGACAAGGAAAACGACUUGCUCGCCUAUUUUGUGCCUCAAAAGGAAGAAGGAGAAGAGAAUACGAGUGAGGAGGGUAUGGCAGCCAUGACUGGUUGGAAGCUGUACAUUGUAUCGGGCAAAAUCUCACCUGUCCGUGUAGUGGUAAGUUUUACGCGCAACAACAGGGAUUCAAGACAGCAGGAAACUGAAGGCUUUUGGCUCUCGAACCUCAAGCUCAAGAUCGAGAACGCGUGUUUGACACUAGAGGGCUACCGACUUUCUCAUGCACUGGCCACGCAGGAGUCACUUCGUGCAGCAAUUGCGCGCUUUUACGAGCACUCCAUCAAGUCACAGGCACUUAAUCUGAUCGACUCUAUUGAGGUGACAUCGCUUGUGACGAGUAUGGUUACAGGUGGCGUUACGUCACUAGUAUCGACCCUUCGUGGUAAAGCUGACCCAGCCGCUGCAGCUGGUGCACGGGCUCCUGGGUUGCUUACAUCGAGCUCUUGUCAUGCUGACGGCUACAACUCGCCGAGCGAUCCUUUUCGCUACGAGCACAUGUCGAAUGGUGAAAUCAUGCGAAAACAUUCCCGAGCAUUGGAUAAGUGCCAAAGUAGCACGGAGUUGUUACGUCAAGUUCGACAUCUCGUGUACGACUGGGAUGCCAACCAUACUGGUCUGGAAGCACGUGGAUGUGUUGUCCUUGCAUUGGUCAAUAGCUCACGCCAUUCGUUAGUGGUGAACACACAGCUAAAUGAUGGAGCAUCGUUGCGUGUUCUUCCACUUGGGAGACGACACCUUGCAAGUGUCUUGGAUACUCCGACUGAACGUGGAGUUGCAUCAAGAGAAGGAAGCACGAUGGCGUGGCGAGCAGACCGUGCUCUCGUUGUCUUUGCAUAUGGCUACACACCGACGUUACUGACGUCAGGAGACGUGUAUUUCACGGUUCAAUCCAAUGCUUGCAAUGUCUACGCAACCCGAAAGACAGCUCGACUUGUCGCGAAUCGAGGGUAUACAGCUACAUUUACACUUCAAGAGACACAAAGUUGGUGGUCUGUGAACGUGGUGAUUAUCGGUGAUGACGUACAAGUUCACGAUCAUUUAACGUCUGGAAUGGAGUCGACCUCAUUGUUUGGUGAAGCUUCAGCUACAAAUGCUCAUGAGACUGACGAUUUUACGGAUACGAACAAGGAAUUUGAAGUUGAAUUUUCAGGUCCAUCCUUGGGUUUGAGUGCAAAACAAUUGGGCAAUUCUGUGAUUGUACGUGAAUGUCUUCCGUCAAGUGCAGCGGCACUUUCGGGUCGUAUUGCUCAAGGUGAUUACGUUGUUGCAGUAAAUGGCAUGAGCAUUGCAAAUACGAUGCAAUUUAAAUCACUUGUAAGUACGACACCACGUCCAAUUGUUGUACGCUUUCGACGUUCAUGUAAUGCAGCGUAUGAUUUAUUUGGAGAGAAGAAACAAGAAGAAGAAGAAGAAGAAGGACGUCAUCUCUUUGGCUAA